AAGAAUUUUUCAUAAUGAAAAAAUAAAGUUUUUAAAAUGUAAACACUUUUAAUGUAACACAUUUUAUUCGCAAAGAGAUAGCAAAUCAGGAAGUGACGUAUUUCAGCGUCAGCCUCUUCCGCUCUCUUUUCGUUGAGGCUCAGCUAGCGGCCGGCCUGCAAACAUGCAGAUCUUCGUGAAGACAUUGACGGGGAAGACCAUCACCCUUGAGGUUGAGCCCAGUGACACUAUUGAAAAUGUCAAGGCAAAGAUUCAGGACAAGGAAGGAAUUCCCCCUGAUCAGCAGCGUCUGAUCUUUGCUGGCAAACAGCUGGAGGAUGGCCGCACACUGUCCGACUACAACAUCCAGAAAGAGUCUACUCUCCAUCUGGUUCUGCGUCUGCGUGGUGGCAUCAUUGAGCCCUCACUCAGGCAACUGGCCCAGAAAUACAACUGCGACAAGAUGAUCUGCCGCAAGUGCUAUGCCCGUCUGCACCCCCGUGCUGUCAACUGCCGCAAGAAGAAGUGCGGACACACCAACAACCUUCGUCCCAAGAAGAAGCUGAAAUAAACAUUUACAACUAAAUUGGCACUCUGUGCUAUUUUGUGUUAAAAUAAAUGUAGAAAAAAAACUGC